UCAUUUGGCGAGGUUGACUUGAACAAGAGUACAACUUGUGCUUGAAACACGUCUAACGUGCAUUGCGGAUGCAAAACUAGACCAAUUUGUAUUCAACAAACCUCCUGAAUACACGUACUGUUGUCAAUUUGCGACAUGUUGACAGCUAGAGCUGACAAUGGCUAAUCGAAGCUAUAGAUGUUUAUAGUGCUAAGAUGGCUAAAAGCAAGUGUACUUGUGUGGUGUUUUUCAGCAAGUUACGUCACUACCGGGGUGGUUCUUAUCGCUGCCAUUCACUUCCUGCUUCUUAGCUCCGCUUCCCUGGUUUCGCCUGAUCAGCUGCUCGACGAGAGACGGACACAAUGUCACACCAGACGGGCAUUCAAGCUGACGUUGGCCACCACCAAGAAGGCGUCGAAGAAGUGGGACCAGGAAUAUGAUGCCUUAGUGCUGCCCCUGCUGGAGGACUGCGUACCCUGCUACAUUCUCUACCGGCUGGACUCCAGAAACAACCAGGGAUACGAGUGGAUCUUCCUUGCCUGGACUCCAGACCACUCUACUGUGAGAAACAAAAUGCUAUUUGCUGCUACCAGAGCCACACUGAAGAAAGAGUUUGGGGGAGGCCACAUCAAGGAUGAGAUUUUUGCCACCACAAAGGAUGAGCUAAACCUUAGUGGAUACAGGAAAUAUUUGAUCUCGCAGUCAGCUCCGCUGCCCUUCACUGCUGCUGAGGAGGAGCUGAGACAGAUUAAAUUACACGAGGUGCAGACUGAUAUUAGCGUGGACACCAAGCACCAGACCCUCCAAGGCGUGGCCUUCCCCAUUCACCAAGCUGCCGUCGCAGCACUGGAGCGCUUCAGGGACAAGGAAAUCAACUACGUGCAACUGCGAGUAGAGGCUGAACAGGAGCUGAUCUGCUUGUGCAGCACUGAGCCAACAGAGCUGAAAGACCUGCCGUUGAGGAUCCCCAAAGAUGCCCCGCGCUACCACUUCUUCCUCUACAAGCAUUCUCACGAGGGCGACCGCUUGGAGUCCACGGUCUUUAUUUAUUCCAUGCCGGGAUACAAGUGCAGCAUCCGAGAGAGGAUGCUCUAUUCCAGCUGCAAAAACCCUCUGGUUGACAUGGUGGAGAACCAACUGAAGAUAGAGAUUGAGAAAAAGUUGGAAAUCGACAACGGAGACGACCUGACCAGUGACUUCAUGUACGACGAGGUGCAUCCCAAGCAGCACGCACACAAGCAGGCCUUCGCCAAGCCCAAAGGCCCUCAAGGGAAGCGGGGCGGCCGUCGCAUCACCCGACCCCCCGCCGACGGCCAGGAGGACGAUUAAAUUAGACCUCGGCACCUACACCAUGUGCAUGUUCCAUAGUGGAACAUUCCUGAGAUUGGGGCGAUAAUAUUUGCUUGUUUUAACACACAAAGAAUUGAGACGACCACCUCACAUUCCCAUCCACAGAGCCAGCUAUGCACGCCGAGGACAACUGAGCAAUGGCACAUUUCAGCAGUUUCCAUUUGUAGCUUGCCAAACGGAAGCCUAUUAAUCUCUGUGAUUACUUUCCCAAUGAAUCAAUGUUGAGCUCCUUCCCCACAUCUUAGUGUGACUAAUGUGAACUUGCGCCAAUUUGAAAACGACCCACCCUCCAUUUUGUUUUCAGUUCACACACCCAAUUUCCCAACUUGCAUUCCUUAAAUUCUAUCACUUAUUGUGUUUGUGCACAACCUAUAGGUGCUCCGAAAGCAGAGAUGUAAUGAUCCAACCCGUGUCUCCUGAUUUAUUUUAACAGUGCAUUUUAUAUUGAAUUUUUUUGUUUUGAUAUAACUGGUUUACAUGGAGAGAAAAACAAAAUCAUCUGCUGAGAAACUUAUUUUUCUAUGCAAGUGCUGUAAAUGUACAUAAUGUAGCCGUGUGUGUGUGUGUGUGUAUGUGUGUGUUCUGGUGAUCACGUCGCUGAGGGGCUUCCACUAAAAUGUCAUCCAUCAAAAAUCAUGUUCCAUCGACCAUGAUCCCAGAGAGAGGGAGGGAGCCUUGCUACGGAAUAGGAAAGGGAAUAUUUGCGUUGAUCAAAAUGUUGCCACAGCCACUCGUCUACUGAUGACUUAACAUUAGGCAAACUACCAAGCUCACCUCAUGUUCGAAGCUGGGGAUGAAAAUCCCACAGUAUUCAGUGUCAUUAGAACAAGAGAAGAAAAUCAUGUUUGGUCUUAUUUGUUUUCUUACAAAUCUUUUUUUCUUUUUAAGAGGAAUAAAAAUAUUUAAAUUGCA